AUGGUAAUUGCCUGGUACUUGCUCAGUAUCAGUGUUACUUGCUGCAAAUUGCAGACUUGGACUGCACUUGCAGAAAGGUUAAACGUGGUGCAGCCAGCAGCAAACAUCCUGACUUCUGACCUUGUGAUGGAGGCAAGUUACAACCCAUAUGAGGGACCCAAUGAGAAUCCAGAAGCAGAACUUCCCCUUAAAGCUGGGAAAUACCUGUACGUUUACGGAGACAUGGAUGAAGAUGGUUUUUAUGAAGGUGAACUGAUGAAUGGACAAAGAGGACUGGUCCCCUCGAACUUUGUCGCUCUGUUACAGGAUGAGGAAUUGUUCCUGCUCCAUUCUGUGGACACGGAGAUGGACAAUAAUUUACUGAAUUCUGACCUGGGCCUCCAUCUCCAGAGUGACAGUGUGCUUCAGGACACCAAGUCAGAGAGUGUGCUCCCCAGUCAAACAGAGACCACAUUGUACAAGAAUGGCACAGGAACACUGGACAUAAACAUUGAUGAAAUUGGUGAAGAUAUUGUGCCUUACCCCAGGAGAAUUAACCUAAUUAAACAGCUCGCCAAAAGUGCGAUCAUAGGAUGGGAUCCUGCAGCGGUCCCUCCCGGGUGGGGGGCUGUGAGCAGCUACAAUGUUCUCGUCGAUAAGGAAGUGAGAAGUAACGUCCUCUCGGGAGGGAGAACGAAGGCCCUGAUCGAGAAACUCAACCUGGCCAAUGUCACCUAUCGUAUCUCGGUCCAGAGUGUGACCGAGCGCGGUGUCUCCGAUGAGCUGAGGUGCACCAUGUUGGUCGGGAAAGAUGUAUGUGUGGCUCCUUCUCACCUGAAGGUGGAGAACAUCACACAGACAUCGGCCGAGGUCUCCUGGUUGCCCAGCAACAGCAACUACAGUCAUGUGAUCUUCCUCAAUGAGGAAGAGUAUGAUGUGGUGAAGGCCGGGAGUUACAAGUACCAAUUCUUUAAUCUGAAACCAUGUAUGGUCUGUAAGAUCAAGGUCAUGGCCCGGCCUCACCAGGUACCAUGGCAACUGCCCCUGGAGCAGCGAGAGAAGAAGCAGAGCCUGGUGGAGUUCUGUACACUGCCUGCAGGUCCCCCAGCACCCCCUCAGGACGUCACGGUCCAGGUCGGAUCAACCCCAGGAACCAUUCAGAUCAGCUGGAAGCCGCCAUUGCUGAGUUUAUCAGGAACGUCAAAUGGAGCCAAGGUUACUGGCUACAGUGUUUGUGCUAAAGGUCAAAAGGUUGCAGAAGUGAUGCUGGCCACAGCCAAUGGUGUGACUGUUGACUAUUUACGAAUACAGAACCUGGAAACGAGGGAGAUUAUCGUACGGACUAUAUCUGCCCAGGGCGAGUCUGAGGACUCAUUCGCUGCUGCUAUCCCAACCGAACUCCUGGUGCCUCCAACACCCCCGUUCCGUGCUGCUCCCAGAACCAAGCCAUUAGCAAGUGCCAGAGCUCCCGAUACCAAAGACCAAGUGAUAGGCCCAGGCCUGAGAAGGGAUGAACCUUGGGAGCAAACGCAUUCUCCGUCUCCUCUCCACGGCAGCUCUUUGGAGCCUUCGCUGCUGAACCAUCAGGGCCGGCCUGUCAACAGGACUGGCAGAUCUCCCUCUCCACAGAGAAUCCUACCACAGCCCCAGGGAGCACCCAUCUCGAACACCAUCGCUAAAGCCAUAGCCCGCGAAGCAGCCCAGCAAGCGGUGGAUAUUAGCAGGGCUGAGAAACGCAGUCUGUUCAGCGAGAGAAGCCAAUCUUCACACCAGGAAAAUUCUGAUGAUGAAGACGAUGUUUACGAUGGACAAAUCCUCAAAAGGCCCGGUGCUUCAGUAGAUGAUUUCCUGAGAGGCUCGGAGCUGGGCAGACAGCAACAUUUUGGCCAUCAAGACGAUUACCAGACAGAGAGCAGCCGGGGUUCAGAUUUAUCGGAUAUCCUGGAGGAAGACGAAGAGGAGCUUUAUUCCGAAAUGCAGCAUGAGGAAGGGGGUAGGAGGAGGCACAGUGCAACUUCACAUAAUGCACUGAAGAUUUUAGGCAAUCCAGCGGGAUCCGGGCGCAAGUUGGACAGAAUGGAUCAUCUGGGCCGACGGGCAUCUCAUGGUAGUGCCCAGAGAGGAAGGCCCAUGACUGUGCCAUCAAUUGAAAUCACAGUGGACAGUAACAGUGAAGGAGGCCAUUCCCGUUCAGGAAGUGAAGGGAAUAUCUCUCUGGCGAGAGAUGAUGUUUAUUAUCGUAAUGUUGCCAGUCGAAGGAAAUGGCCAACUCAACGCAGCAUGGCAUCUGACAUUCGAUACGGACUGAGCCAAAUCCUGUUCCUGUUUCUCUUUCAGGCUGAAUUAACGUUUUGUGCCGGGGACAUCAUCAGCGUCUGGGGAGAACUAGAUGAAGAUGGAUUUUAUUAUGGGGAGAUCAAUGGCCAGAGAGGUCUUGUUCCUUCAAACUUCCUGGAAGAAGUUCCCAAUGAUGUUGAGGUCUAUCUCUCUGAAGCUCCCUCCAGAUACCCUCAAGACCCACCAGCCCGCCUGAAAGGGAAAAGGGUCCCUGGUGAAAACAUUCCAAGGAGGGCUCCGUCUCCAACUGUACAUCCCCACCACCAUUCUGGAGCUGGUGUAGUAGAUGGGCCAGACAGCCCAAUGUGGGCCAGAGAUAUGGCUUCAAAAAAGAAAAAGGGACUGUUAUCAAAAGGAAAGAAACUGCUGAGGAAGCUUGGUGGAGUGAAGUGAUUCUUGUGGAUUCGGAAUAAUCCUGCACUUCCACUGUCUUAUUUCCACACGGUGUAAUAGCUGCCCUUUACAUCCUUGCCUUAGAGAUGCACAAUGAUCUUACUUUUUUAUACCCAUCAUUCAGUAACAGAGAAGGUAUACGUUGUAUGUGCUGUCUGUAUUCGUUAAACUUCUCGCCACCAAAAAGCCAUUAGUUCCAAACUGUGAAAAGUCUUGUGUUUGCUUACCUGGGUCAGUGUCCAGUGUUGCCCUCUCUCCUGCCCCUCUGGAAAUAUGGCUGUACCUUUCCAUCUCAGAGUGAUCUUUCAUUGUCUGAACAACAAAGUGGCAUUCAACUGAAGAGGAAAGCAAUUAGCAAGCCCCCACCACCCCUCUCUCUCUGCUACCACAUACAUGAAAAUGCAUGCGUUUCCCUCAAAAUGUAUACUUGAUAUCAGUUUUUGUGUCCAAAACUGGUUAAAAUUGGUAUAUGUUCUUGAUAAAAUAAUGGCAUGCAAAAAAAAAAGCCAGUGCAAGACAUAUUUUAAAGAAACCAUAUCUUUAAUGUGUUCACUGAUAGAGUUUUACUCUAAAAUGCCUCCUCCCAUGAAAUUGCAGUUGAUGGGUUGUUUUAAGAGCAACACGGUUUUGUAUUACAACAAAAAAACAAUUGGUUGGCUGAUUAAUGUGUUUUCACAUGCUGGCCAGUAGUGACAUUUACACCUUACUAGGUGUGGCUAUGGAAGUAUGCAAAUGACCAUUAACCAGCCAAUUAAACACAGAUUU